GUAAAUGAUUUCCUGCGUCGUUUUCGAGGUUGGGCUGUAGGAUUGUACAUGUGUCGUGACUUUAGGUGUUUAUUUCAAUAAAUAAUCGACAUUGUGGUGGUAAAAGUUAUUUCCAUGAAGUGCCAGGAUGACCUCGUCACCUAAAACUUCGAAGACGGAUUGUGUAUUGUCAAACCAUCACAAUCAGGAACCCAAGUCGUCGGUGGCGUCCCCUCUCGCGCUGCUAGCAGCUACGUGCAGCAAAAUAGGAUCUGGACACGAAAAUCUUCAGCAGGGAGGGAAGAAGAUCAAGGUAGUUUCCAACACCAUUCCUGCGGCUCUUCUGCAACAUCUUCAGAAGGAAUCUGAUACCGUGGCGUCCCAGCCAAAUGCUAUGGCCCCACGGGACCCUCUGGGCAGCCCUUCACCGCCACAACAGGCCCAGCAGCAACCACAAGUCAUAACAUUGACUCAACUGCAAAAUCUACUUCCUCUGCAGCAAGUGUCAUCGUCUGCUAGCAAUGACAUCACUCAACAACUGCAGGGCCAAACUGUCAAAACAUACGUAUCGUCUGCUUCAGGCCUCACAACACCAACUGUUGUAUCUGUACAAGGAGUACCUGGACAAUUUAUCCAGCAAGGAGGGCAGCUGUUGUCGACGGGGGGAGGCAAUGUGUUUAAUGUGAUGCAGCCGAUGCAGAUGCAAACAGUAACAGUCGAUGGUCAAGAGGCGCUUUUUAUCCCAGCAGGAGGCCAACAGGUCCAACUUGCAGGAGGUCAAACCUUGCUGACUCCAACUGGUCAGCUGAUUCGCAGUCCUAAUGUACUGCCAACCAGCCUUCUGCAGGGCCAGACACUGCAGUUUCCUGGAGGCCAGAAUGUGACAGUGAGACCUGCCAUGCCUCAGGUGGUACAGUUUCCACUCCAGCAGACGAUCCCUGUGCAGGUGCCGAUCACCACCAACAACGGCCAGACAGUGUACCAUACUGUACACUUCCCUCUGCAGGCCUUCGCCACCUCUCUGCCUAACAUCCUGCAGACAUCCGCAGGCCAGGUGCAGAUGAUUCCGCAGAUGUCUCAGAUGCAGCCACAGAUUGCUCAGAUCCUGACACCCUCAGGUCAGCUGCAGCAAGUGCAACUGGCUCAACUAGCUACACCUUCUGGCCAAGCUCAGGUGGUGGUUCAGCAAGCCAACCAGGGUCACGUGGUUGUUCAGAACCACAACCACAGCAGCCAGAGUCCCGGUAGCCACAACCACGUGGUUGUCCAGCAACCUAACAGUGUCAGUGUUAGUACAAACACUGCCACUACUACCACAGCAUCUACCCCCUCCGCCACUGCACUGGUUACAUCGUCUCCGUCUGUGGUGACCAGUGAGAGCAACGGCCACACACAGCAGAGCUUACUACUGCAGCAGAACUCUGGACUGCCUCAGCAAAUCUCUCUCAGCUCUGUUGGUAACCAAAAUCAAGUGACAGUAAUACCUGCCUCCAGUCUUGCCAACCUUAACUCUGGCGUGACGUCUGUCAGAACCAACAAUGUUGUACAGUUGCCAGGGCUGCAGACUAUCAAUGUUCCAGGACUAGGCAAUGUACAGCUGAUCCCCACCACAACCCUGCAGAACCAGCCCCAAAUCAUCCAUAGUCUGCCACCCAGUGUACAGAUUAUUGGUGGUGGCCAGGUCUCCCAGGAGGGUUCAGGUGGAGACAGGUGGCAGGUGGUGAUGCCUACCACACCUACCAGUGCCCCCUCCCCACCACUGGUGCAAGGCGGAGGAGGGGUGGACUGGGUAGAUGAGGACUCUGGUGAUGAGAAGCCAAGGUCUCGACGUGUGGCUUGUACUUGUCCUAACUGCUGUGAGGGCGGAGAGAGGAGUAGUGAUCGCAAGAAACUGCACAUUUGCCACAUCCCUGGAUGCAACAAGAUCUACGGCAAGACAUCACAUCUACGAGCACAUCUGAGGUGGCACUCAGGGGAGCGACCGUUCAUUUGCUCCUGGCAAUUCUGUAAUAAGCGCUUCACACGCUCUGACGAGCUACAAAGACAUAGAAGAACUCAUACCGGUGAGAAGAGGUUCCAGUGUCCGGAAUGCAACAAGAAGUUCAUGAGAAGUGACCACCUGUCCAAACACAUUCGAACACAUCAGAAACAACGCAUCAUUGAUGUGCAAAACAUUGAAACCCUCCCGACCACCAAAGAACUUUGGAUCACUUCAGACACCUCACCCACCACUAUUUAUUUGAAACAAAUCCAAAUGGCUCAGGAGGCAGCCACUUCUACCCAGUCAGCCUCAGCAGACGACAGUUCCUCGGGGGACGAGAAGAUGAUGAUCACCCUGAGCAGUGAGGCAGACCAAUCAGAACUCACCAUCGUAGACCCUCUAGAACAUCCUGAGGAUGAGAUGGCACUGGGCCACUAACAGAAAGAGACAAUUGAUGGAGGUUCCAGGACAGUGUAUACGAUCUCUCGGAUACCACCAUUUGAGACUUACCAUUAGGCUAAGAAAUAUUAACUUUUUGUAAGCUAUCUGUGCAAUAUUCCUUCCACUUUAUUUAAGUUAAUUUUAAUUUUGUGAGAAUAUUUACUGUUUAAUUUACAUUUUAUCUUAUUUCUUUGUUGUUCCUUAUAGAAGUAAUUUUACUUUACUAUUUAAUUAGUUUUAUUAUUAUAGCCGUUAGAUUAUGCAUUUAAAAUAUUUUGUCUUUUCACCACACUAAGAUAUUGAGAUUUGAGUUUUAAUAGAAUUAAAACUCAUAUUGGUGAAAAAUAGCAUUCACAUCUUGAGGCAAAAGCGAUUAGGAAGCUUUUGAUCUUCUUAAGUGUUUAACUUUGUUGGACUUGAAAUAUGAUCCCAAAGAACCUUUGGAUAUUUGAUUUUUAAGAUAUCAAACGUUUAUACCGUUAACAUUUUUAUUUAUUUAUAUUGAAAUGUAUAACUUAACAGUUAUAAUAUAAUCAGUGAAGAAGAUCUUUUAUUAGUUUAUAUGUAUGUUAUCACUUUUAUGUUUAUACACUCUUUUUUUUAUUCCUGCGAAUCUAAUAGUUUUGCAUUCCUAGUGUUUUUUUCUGUUCCGUAAAAUGAAGUAAAAUUAGGAUUUAUUAACAUAUCACUGAAGUACUAUAUUAGUUUAUUGUUAGUACCCUAAGUAUUUUUUAUUUAUUUGUUUGUGUCAUUGUUGGUUUGUCUUUAAAAAACAUGGAGUAACUUGUACCAUUGACUAUUUACACAUUACAAUAGGUAUAGAGGUAUAGUCAGUGACCUCUAGCUUACUCAAUACAAGAAAAUAGAUAUUUAUUGAUUCUAUUAACUUUGGUGCAUGGUUUAAAAAUCUUAUCAUUUCCAAUAUUGACUGUUGUAUGUAGAUCUUAGGUCCAAAAAUCUGUGCCUUAGUAGCAAAUAUAAUUAAUUGUUAGAACUCCACCUUUUAGUACAAUUUUGAUUUUUAAUUAUUUAACACCAUUUUAAAACUAAAAUGGUUAUAUUUAGAUUUGUUACUUCGUUAUAAGAAAAUAAAAUACAAUAGUUAAUGCUCAGUAUAGCUAAAAUAUAUUAAAUUUUUAGGUUCAAUCUAUAAAAAGAAAUUGUUAUACGGUAAAGUCAGUAAUAGACAGUGGUAAUUUUUAUCUGUUUAGAAACAUUGAUCAUAAUAUCUUAGCAUUUUAAUCAAAAUACUAACUUAUGUACAACUACAUCGAUAGGUAAUGUAAAUACUAUAAAUACAAAUUGUAUAGUUGUUUUUAAACUUAUUUUAAGAUUAUUAGAUGUUUGUUGUUCAAGAACCUGUUGUCUUAAGUUAUUUUAUUCCCUGAUUUGACAAUUUAUUGUUAACCAUUAAACUAUUC